CUCCUCAGCAUCUGACAGCCAUCCAUCAACCAACCACCGAUCCCUUAACAAAAUCCCCACAAAGUUUUUACAAAUCUUUGAAUCGUCCCAGAAAAAAUCGAACCCACAUAUCCUCAAAAUCCCCGAAAUCAACACAGGGGAAAGGGGAAUACAAGAAGAAUUCCAAUAGCCAGUAAUAACAAUGGCAAUGAAUUCCCGCCUAACAGGCCUCUUCACAAGAUCCCUCAAAGCCACAAAAUUCUUCUCAACCCUCAAUCCAUCCUUACCACCUCAGCCAUCACCCCAAUUUGCUCAGACUCUAGAAGGAUUAAGGCAGCGUUUGGUUGAGGAGUCCCCAACCUUAGCAGAUUUCAUAAAGCUCCAGUCAGAAAAUGAGUAUUCUGUGGAAGUUGGCACCAAGAAAAAGCCAUUGCCAAAGCCUAAAUGGAUGAAGGAGUCCAUCCCUGGCGGAGAAAAGUAUACCCAUAUUAAGAAAAAGUUGAGGGAGUUAAAGCUUCAUACUGUUUGUGAAGAGGCUAAAUGUCCUAAUUUAGGAGAGUGUUGGUCUGGUGGAGAGACUGGGACUGCCACGGCUACCAUCAUGAUUCUUGGUGAUACUUGUACUAGGGGAUGCAGAUUUUGUAAUGUGAAGACCUCACGCACUCCACCUCCUCCUGAUCCAAAUGAACCAACAAAUGUGGCUGAAGCAAUAGCUUCAUGGGGUUUGGAUUAUGUGGUUAUUACUAGUGUUGAUCGUGAUGAUUUACCUGAUCAAGGAAGUGGUCACUUUGCUGAAACUGUGCAGAAGUUGAAGGCACUGAAGCCAAAUAUGCUCAUAGAAGCAUUAGUUCCUGAUUUUCGAGGAGAUCCUAGCUGUGUAGAGAAAGUAGCAACAUCUGGACUAGACGUCUUUGCUCACAACAUAGAAACCGUUGAAGAGCUUCAGAGUGUAGUACGAGAUCAUCGUGCCAAUUUUAAGCAAUCCAUGGAUGUUCUAACGAAGGCCAAGGAUUAUGCUCCUGCUGGUACACUCACCAAGACUUCAAUCAUGUUAGGGUGUGGAGAAACACCUGACCAAGUGGUGAAAACAAUGGAGAAGGUCAGGGCGGCAGGUGUUGAUGUGAUGACAUUUGGUCAGUACAUGAGACCCUCAAAACGCCACAUGUCAGUCUCUGAGUACAUUACUCCUGAGGCCUUUGAGAAAUACCGAGUUCUCGGCAUGGAAAUGGGUUUUAGAUAUGUAGCAUCUGGUCCCAUGGUUAGGUCCUCCUACAAGGCUGGCGAGUACUAUAUCAAAUCCAUGAUUGAGUCAGACCGUGCUGCAUCAUCUUCAUAGAUUCCAUACCUGGAAGCAGCUGAGUUGUGCUGUAAAGCAGGAUUCAUAUUUACGGUACUUUGACUUACUAUCAGUUUUGCCAUGGAGUAUUAGGCAGCAUUUUCUGUAUUCAAACCGGGAAGAUGUUACCGGCAAGGCAGCGACAUAACAUAUGCAAUCUUCCAAGCCAUCAAGUUCACGUAUUUGUGCAAUCAUACUGUAUCUGAAAGAAUCUCAUGUGUUAUCAAAUGCAGAUAUUGUGCGUAUUAGAUUCCAGUUGCUGCCUCUGUGUGGGUACUCCACGUUUGAGGUUUUGUGGUUUAUUUUAUGGAUGGUCAUCCAUAAUAUUUUUUUCCCCGUACAAUUAUUGAUUCCCAUCUCUUCAAAGGAGAUUCUUGAUUAGAUUCAUUGUGUAUCGUAAUUGAGAGGCAUCUGUUGUAUAGAAUUGUUCACUGGAUGAUCUGUGCUGUUUGUUUUGUUUUAUUUUCUCUUGUUGCUCGACUGUCCAAAUUGCAGGGCUGUAAAUGCAGUUGAAAACUUGCCCAGGGUGUGAAUUCUUGAAUGGCAAAGAAACUGUGCCUUCAUUGAUCUC